AUGUUGUUUAAACACACCUUUGGUUUAGUGCAGAAAAGAUUCUAUCACCCUCGUCUUCAGGGCAAAAACGUCUUGAUCACAGGAGCGUCUGCUGGUAUUGGUGAAGCUUGCGCUAAGGAAUUCGCCAAACAAGGCUCAAAUCUGAUUUUGGCCGCCCGUAGAUCAGAGCGACUAGAAGCACUCAAAAAGGAGCUUCUGCAGCAGCAUCCAGGCAUUAAAGUGGAUACAUUGUCUUUGGAUGUGCGCCAGAAAAAGAACAUUGAUACGGCCAUCUCUCAAUUGCCCCAAAAGAGCGAUAUUGACAUUUUGGUAAACAAUGCAGGUCUUGUCAUUGGCCUGGAUCAUUUGGCAGACGUUACGGAAGAUGCAUUUGACACCAUGUUUGAAACCAAUGUCAAGGGCCUUGUGUUCCUGACGCAAGCCGUCUUGCCUGGCAUGAAAGCUAACAAUAAGGGCCAUAUCAUCAACAUUGGAUCGGUCGCUGGAAAAGAAGCUUAUCCUGGAGGAAGUAUCUAUUGCGGAUCAAAGCAUGCAGUGGACGCCAUCACUCGAUCUUUGAUCCAUGAGCUCAUGGAUACACCGAUUCGUGUAAGCCAGAUUUGCCCUGGCAUGGUCAAUACCGAAUUCUCUACUGUGCGUUUCAGUGGCGACAAGACAAAAGCGGACAAUGUCUACAAAGGCGUGGAGCCGCUUGUUGGCCAAGAUAUUGCCGAAUUAGUGACAUUCACUGCCUCUCGACCGCCUCAUGUCAACAUUUGUGACAUGUUGGUAUUCCCCACUGCUCAAGCAGCCGCCACCACUGUCUACCGACGACCCAUUGACAAUAAAAAAUAA